UGGUCCGCCCCUGUUUCGAGCAUGGUGUCUGCGUUUGCAGCAACGCGCAGAGGGCGGGCGGCUUGCGGCAACUAGCCUUGCAGCGCUCGCCGUCGUUGUGUUCAUGGAGGCCGGCCGCCGGCGAGAGAUCGGAGAGCUGCGGCGCGGCGGAGCCUGCGAUGCGCGCGCGGAGAGACAGAGAGCGAGAGAGAUGUUUUUGGCGGGCAAAGCUAUCCACCAGAGCCUGUGGACGAAUGGAUAAGGUUGGUCAGUGGGUCGUGGCGGGCGUGCGUGGCCAACAGCAAAAGGGGGCGCGCUCGUGUGCGACCCACCCGACCGAUCCCGCGCGCACGUAGCCGGCCGCCGAUUCCCACCUCCUUCCUUGCGGAUAAGCCUCUGCCGCCGCCGGCCUAGCGGCACAGCCCACGAUGGCCACUCAGAGAGCAGCCACGGCGGCGUGGACCAACGAGGAGGACAAGGCGUUCGAGAACGCGGUGGCAUCCGGUGCACCGCCGCCGCUGGACGGCGUGCCGGAGGAGGACUGGUUCGCGGCGCUCGCGGCGAGCGUGCCGGCGCGGUCGACGGAGGAGGUGCGGCGCCACUACGAGGCCCUGGUGGAGGACGUCGGCGCGAUCGACGCCGGCCGCGUCCCCCUCCCGCGCUACGCCGGGGAGGACUCCACCCCUGCCGCCGCAGCGGCGCCUAGCAAGGACCGGCGCGAGGAUCGGAAGAGCUUCGACUCCGACUCCGGCAAGGGCUGCUCCAAGGCCGAGCAGGAGCGGCGCAAGGGCAUCCCGUGGACGGAGGAGGAGCACAGGCUGUUCUUGCUGGGGCUGGACAAGUUCGGCAAGGGCGACUGGCGGAGCAUCUCGCGCAACUUCGUCAUCUCCCGGACGCCCACGCAGGUGGCCAGCCACGCGCAGAAGUACUUCAUCCGCCUCAACUCCAUGAACCGGGACCGCCGCCGCUCCAGCAUCCACGACAUCACCAGCAUCAACAACGCCGCCCAGGCCGUGCCGCCCAUCACCGGCCAGGCCCCCGCCGCGCUAGGGGGGCCGCCCGGGGGCAUGAUGAAGCAUCCCGGGAUGGUCGGCAUGUACGGAGGGGCGCCCAUGGGCCACCCGGUCGCGGGCCACAUGGUCCCCGCCGCCGUCGGCACGCCGGUCAUGUUCCCGCCGGGGCCGGGCCACCCGCCCUACGCCAUGCCCGUCGGCUACCCGGCGCCGCAUCAGUGAGCAUGCCAUGCUUGCUCUGGUUCGUGCGCGCGCGGGGCACGCCGGCAUGCAUGUCAGGCGCCUCGAUGAACCGCACAAGCAUUUCUUCCUUGUUCUUUCUUGAUUGAUUCAUUUUGCGUCGCCGUCCGUUCCUCAUCCUCAUCUGAUUGCAGGGAUGGGCGGCGAAUAAGUAAGUAUUUGCUGACUGUUGCAAGUGCUAGCUUAUACUCCUAUAUGAUCACAGACCCGGGAAAGGUUGAGAGAGGUAAAUGUAAUUAGCUGCGGCCUCCCGAUGUGUAGCUGUUCAUGCUUGUAGAGCUGCGACUGGAGACUGAUUUCCAUUUACCGGAUGUAAAUUACUUGUAUCUUUAUACUUUGACGUGAAUAAAUUACACAUGCAUCAAUGCAUGUCUCUGCUCGUAUAAGCAUGCACCUUAA